AGGGCGGGGGGCCUCCUCCUCCGCGAGACUCUAAGAGCCCUUUUAUUUGCAAGGCGGAGGCUCAGCUGCGGCCGCGUCACGCUUCGGAUUUUUUUCUUGGAGACUCGGCUUGGCUCAAAGGCUUGGACAAGAUGCUGCCAAUCCGAAUCAGCAGGAGUGGCUUCUGCACCCUCCAGAAGACUUACUGGUUGAAGACCUCCCCUGCAGUCUGCUUGGCUUGGUCGCCCUACCACUCCCAUGGCACUUGGAACAAUGCUGGAAACACGCGACACAGGUUUCUGGUAGUAGCCGGUGCUGGCCUGGGAAUAGGCACCAUCUUGGCCUAUGGAGACCACCGUCGACGGGCUGCUGAGGUUGACCCCUCAGAGUCUACAUCCGGGCCUCCAUUUCCUGUCUUCACACGGCAGGAAGUGGCUCUCCACCACAGUGAGGCUGAUCGAGUAUGGGUGACCUACGGUAGCGAUGUGUUCGAUGUUACAGAUUUUGUAGAGUUGCAUCCUGGGGGGAAAAGCAAGAUUCUCCUGGCAGCAGGAGGUGCUCUCGAACCUUUUUGGGCUCUCUAUGCUAUGCAUAAACAGGAGCAUGUGCUGGAGCUUCUUCAAGGGUACAAAGUGGGGGAGCUGAGUCCAGAAGAGCCUCCCCUGCCGACCCCAGGAGACCCUUAUGCGGAGGAUCCUCAACGACACCCUGCCCUUAAAGUCAACACUUUAAAGCCCUUCAAUGCAGAACCUCCUUCAGAGCUGCUUGCAGAGAACUAUCUGACUCCCAACCAGCUCUUUUUCAAGCGCAACCACUUUCCCGUCCCAGUGGUGGACCCUGCUACCUACCGGCUGCAUGUACAGGAUAUCUUUGGCCGGACACUGACUCUUUCUCUGCAGGACCUGAAAAGCAAGUUUCCUAAGCACAAAGUGAUUGCCACAGUGCAGUGUGCUGGCAAUCGCCGCGGAGAGAUGAAUACUGUUCAGAAUACGAACCGGCUAGGUUGGGACAUUGGGGCUAUUAGUACGGCAUGCUGGGGUGGCGUCCGCCUUCGAGAUGUCCUGAUGCAUGCUGGGUACAGGCAAAGUGAUGAGGGCCAUGUCAGCUUUGAAGGACUGGACAAAGAUCAGAGUGGCACUGUUUAUGGUGCCUCCAUCCCUUUUAAGAAAGCGAUGGACCCUGAAGGGGACGUCCUCCUGGCUUAUGAAAUGAAUGGGGAUGAGGUGCCUUGUGAUCACGGGUUCCCUCUCCGAGUAGUCGUGCCAGGGAUAGUGGGUGCUCGAAAUGUCAAGUGGCUGGCCCGAAUUUCAGUGGGUCCAGAGGAAAGCCAAAGUCACUGGCAGCAGAAGGAUUAUAAAGGAUUCUCUCCUGCCGUGACUUGGGACAAUGUGGAUUUUUCCAAGGCCCCUGCCAUCCAAGAGAUGCCAGUCCAGUCGGCCAUCACUGAACCAUCCCCUAAUGCCUCUGUCUCCCCUGGAGAACUCACGGUGAAAGGCUAUGCAUGGAGUGGAGGUGGGCGAGGUGUUAUCCGUGUGGAUGUCUCACUGGAUGGUGGGAAGAGCUGGCAUGAGGCAAAGCUAACUGGGGAGGCACAGUCACCUGGCCGAGCCUGGGCAUGGAAGCUGUGGGAAUUAACUGCCACUGUGCCUCCUAGUACCAAGGAGCUGAAUAUUGUCUGCAAGGCUGUGGACAGCAGCUACAACGAGCAGCCUAACUCAGUGGGACCCAUCUGGAACAUUUUGGGAGUGCUCAACAAUGCUUGGCAUCGGGUGCACGUCUCUGUUGGGGAAGACUAAGGGGAGCGGCUCUGGAUUGUUUUCCUUCUGCUAUCAAGGUCCCUUAAACAAGCACAGAACAUGAGUGAAGAUCUUCAGUGGGAUCUUAGGAUCUCAGUGCCUUUCUUCUUGCUACACAUUGGUCCCAGCUUGUUGCAGUAGCAAUUCCUUAUCUUUGAACUGCUUUCAAGGGUGUAUGGUGGGCUCAGAGGGUCAUCUUGCUACUUAACUGCAGUAGGUAUCUCUGCCUAUCUUGGAAAUUUGGCACUGGCCUUUUUUCACAACUUGAAGUCUCUCCGAGAGCAUAUCGGAACUGCUUGUUGGAUGCGCUUAAUUUAGGGUUUUGUUUCAGGGUUUUUUGCAUUGUGUUUUUCAAUCUGGAUUGCUGUGUUGUCACAUGGUGAGGUUCCUAAAAAUAUGAAUGUUCCUUUCCCUA